AUGGACCCCAAAGACGUUUUAAAUGAAAUAAAAGAGGACGCUAAAAAUACUGCAAAUCAAGCUGUAUCAAAUGUCAUUGAUAAAGGAGUUGAUGGAAUAGUAAAUGAAGGUGGCAAUUUAAUUCAAAUGGCUGGUGAAAAAAUGGGUCUUGGAGAAGCAAUAUCAAAACAAAUAAAAGAAAAAGCUACAAGUAUAGCAAAAGACAAAGUUGAAGAGGUUGGUAUUACUUUAAAAGAAACAGCUAAAAAUGUAAUUAAUGGAGAUUUUGAUAAAGCUAAAAACGUAAUUGAAAACAGAGUUAAAAAUGAAAUAAAUAAUGUCAAAAAGAACAUUAAUGAGCUGAAAAACACAGAUUUUAAAAACAUCGGCGGAAAUGUAGUAAAUAAGGCGGUGAAUUAUGGUGAAGAGAAAUUGAGAGAAGUUGUCAACAACAAUCAAAUGAUCAACAAUUUGGGUAAGACAGUUGGUUUGGAUACAAAUACAGUUAACAAAAUAAGUGGUGCCGCUAACACAUUUUUGAACAACAAAAUAUCACAGGUGGCAAAUUCAGUUGAAAAUAACAUACAUAAGACAUUGGGGACUACAAACUUGGGUGAAAACAACAAGAACAGAAUUAUCAAAAAUGUCAAUUUCAAACAGCUGGGACAAGAAAUUGCACAAAAUAAAAUUAACCAAGUUAUCAAAAAUGUUAAAAAAGGGAUCAACAAAAUUCCAAUAACAAUACGACAUUGA